AUUUAUUUAUUUUUCUUUCUCAUUUCUUUUUCAUUUCUCUCUCUGCAAAUCAGACACACCAGCGGCGAAAGAACGCCGGCCGACUGUACUCUUUUGCAAUUUCUCUUAACUUUUUGAGGACUCCCAACGAUAUAUCCCCCAAAUGGAAAUUUAAAGACUAUAUACGACAUUUUCUUAUUAACAAAGAAGCUAGGGUUUUUCCUUUUUUCUUUAUUCUCUCCGCCUGAGAUUUUUUUUUUCUUCGAUUUUCCUUAGCCCUUCCGAUUGGUCUGAUCUGGUCAUGGAUUCGAGGGAUUCAUCAUCGUCGUCGGCUCCGAAUCGAGAUGGUGCCGCCGGCGACGACGACGGCGUUCUGUCCGUCACUGCUGCUCUUGCUAAAGACGCCGCCCUUUACUUCCAGUCUAGAAAGUUUGCCGAGUGCGUCGAUGUCUUGAAUCAGCUCAAGCCGAAGAAAGAAGACGAUCCGAAGGUUCUUCAUAAUAUUGCAAUUGCGGAGUUUUUUCGGGAUGGUUGCUCAGAUCCCAAGAAAUUGCUUGAAGUCCUUAACAAUGUCAAGAAGAGAAGCGAGGAGCUUGCUCAUGCUUCUGGAGAACAGGUGGAGUCUGGUAACAAUGUUGGAAAUAAAGGUAGUUCAGGUUCAAAAGGAAGUGGUACAAUAACACAACAGUUUUCUGGUUCAAAUAGUGCCAGUAUUAUUUACACAGAUGAGUUUGAUACCUCUGUGGCUGCUUUAAACAUAGCGGUCAUUUGGUUCCAUCUUCAUGAAUAUGCAAAGGCAUUAUCAGUUCUUGAACCUCUGUAUCAAAGCAUUGAACCCAUAGAUGAGACAACAGCUCUUCAUAUCUGCCUUUUGUUGCUGGAUGUUGUGCUAGCCUGCCAUGAUGCUUCAAAAUCUGCUGAUGUAUUGAAUUAUUUGGAAAAGGCAUUUGGCGUUGGCAAUGUCAGUCAGGGGGACAAUGGUAACAUGGUUGCCCAACAAUCCACGAGUCUAGUAGGAAAAUCAUCCUCUGUACCAAGCAGCUCAUUGGUCUCAGAUACUUCUAGUUCAGACUUAGCUGCUAGUGUAAAUGCCUCUGAGAAUCCUCUAUCAAGAACUUUAUCAGAGGACCCACUGGAUGAAAUGUUUUCGACACUGGAUAUUGGUGGACAAAACUUAGCAAGGUCUGCUGGUCUUACAUCUGCAGAUGAUCUUCCCAGGACCACAGUUGAUAGAUCUAUCUCUGGUGUUGAUCUGAAGCUCAAGUUGCAACUUUACAAGGUUCAGUUUUUGCUUCUCACUAGAAAUGUAAAGAUAGCAAAGCGUGAAGUCAAGCUUGCUAUGAACAUUGCUCGAGGGAGAGAUUCAUCUAUGGCUCUCCUCUUGAAGGCCCAGCUUGAGUAUGCUCGUGGAAACCAUCGAAAAGCCAUCAAGUUGUUGAUGGCAUCAAGUAAUCGGGCAGAUGCAGCAAUUUCAAGCAUGUUUAACAACAAUCUAGGCUGCAUAUACUAUCAACUUGGGAAGUAUCAUACAUCUGCAGUGUUCUUUUCCAAGGCACUGAGUAGUUGUUCAUCUCUGCAGAAGGAGAAGCCUCUAAAGCUAUUAACAUUCUCGCAGGAUAAAUCUCUUGUCAUAACAUAUAACUGUGGGUUGCAGUACUUGGCCUGUGGGAAACCAAUACUGGCUGCUCGUUGUUUCCAGAAAGCAAGUUUAAUUUUCUACAAAAGACCCCUCUUGUGGCUUCGGCUUGCCGAAUGUUGUCUAAUGGCUGCAGAGAAAGGACUUGUAAAAGGAAGUUGUGCUUCAUCAGACAGAUCAGAAAUUAGAGUCAAUGUUAUUGGAAAGGGUAGGUGGAGGCAACUUCUAAUUGAAGACGGAAUUUCAAGGAAUGGACUCGUAGAUUCUUCUGAAAAGGAUGACUGGGCUUUAGGUAUUGAUGGGCAGCCUAAGCUUUCAUUGUCACUUGCUAGGCAGUGUCUCUAUGAUGCACUGCACUUGUUGAACUGUUCUGAGUGGAGUAAUUCAAAGUCUGCUUUACCCUCCAAUGCCUCCUUAGAGGAAAAUGAAGAUGGAGCAUCUUCCAAGAACUCAAACCAUAAGAACUUAUCUGGAAUUGAUUCCAAGGCUUCAACUAUGUCAGUAGGUCUAGUUAACUCAAAUGGGGAUGUGAAAGAGCCAAAGGGGGGAACUAAUCAGGAGAUUAUUCAGAACUCCAUCUCCUAUUAUGAAGGUAUUUGCAGAAGAGAAAAUCAGAUGAUUAAGCAGGCUCUUCUUGCUAAUUUGGCAUAUGUAGAGUUAGAACUGGAAAAUCCUUUGAAGGCCCUUUCUGCAGCACGAUCUCUGUUAGAACUACCAGGUUGUUCAAGAAUUUACAUCUUUCUAGGUCAUGUCUAUGUGGCAGAGGCUCUCUGCUUGCUGAACAAGCCUAAGGAAGCUGCAGAGCAUUUAUCCUUUUAUUUGUCUGAGGGAAAUAAUGUUGAAUUGCCGUUUGGUCAAGAGGACUGUGAACAGUGGCGAGUGGAAAAACCUGUUGAUUGUGAAGAAUCAACUGGAGCAGCAUCAGCCAAGAAUCCUUCCCCUGAGGGCUUGGUGGAUUUCAUGUUUCUUAAUCCAGAGGAGGCACGUGGAACCCUUUAUGCAAAUCUUGCUGCUGUGUCUGCAAUACAAGGUGAACUCGAGCGGGCCCACCAUUUUCUGAGGCAAGCAUUGUCCCUGGUACCCAACAGUAGCGAAGCCACUAUGACUGCAAUAUAUGUUGAUCUCAUGCUUGGUAAGUCGCAAGACGCUCUGUCCAAGUUAAAACGUUGUAGUCAUGUCAGGUUCCUUCCCAGCAGCCUACAGCUGAAUAAAUCCUCGUAAUGGUUGUGUGGGUGGUUCCAAUUCAAUCCUUUUGUGGCCCACCAUUCAGAUGCUAGUUAGCAGGUAGAUCAGCAAUCCUUUUAGAGGAUUUGUAUCAUAUAUAUAGUUCAAUUCAGAUAAUAAGUUUUCUGUUUUGUUUUUUUUUUUCUUUCUUCUUCCUCUCAUUUUUCCCAUAUCUAGGGUUCAUUUUUCAGUGGUGUGGCUGAUUGUUUUGGUAAGAGCUGAUGCCCACCUGUGAAUUUGAGAUGUAGUUCUAAUUCAGGUUAUUGUGUUUUAGUGGCUAAUCCAUCUGGUAUUGAAGAAUAGAGAGAUAACGCGCUCCUCUCGAGGUUGAAAUGGAAUAGAUUUUAUUCAUUUUGGAUUUAAAUCCCAGAGUCAUUCAUUCCAAUGGGUUGUAGCCUUGCCGUACAAUUUACUCAAUCUGUUCAAUUUUUCUUUUA